AUGGCGGGGGGAGCUGGCCCGCCGCUGCCCCUGCUCCUGCUCCUGCUCCAGCUCCUGGCGCUCCCCGCCGGCCGCGCCAACCGCACCGGCCCCGACUCCCUGUAUGUCUCUGAGUACUUCUCUCAGAGUGCACAGAAGCUGUCCUUCUACAGCUGGUAUGGCAAUGCCAAGCUCUUCCACUUCCACGUGCCCGAGGACACCGUGCUGCUUCGCUGGCUCCUGCAGGCGUCCCGGGGGAAGGGCCCAGAGUGCACCGACAUGGAGGUCACAGUGCACUUCCGCUACGGAGCCCCUCCGGUGAUCAACCCGCUGGGCACUCGCUUCCCUGCCAACGCCACCGUCCGUCCUUCCUACAGCCUCAGCCUGGCGCUAGGGGGCGCUGCGCAGAACACCACCUUCGUCAACAUCACCACCCCUGCCGCCGGGGACUGGUUUAUCGCCGCCCACCUGCCCGAGGCUGCCGGCAGGAUUGAGGUGAAGGGUUUCUCCACCCCCUGUCCCUACAUAUUCCAGGCGGAUAUGUUUGUGCUCAGACUGACUGACAUGCCCGUCCUGGAGCCUGGCGUUGCCAUGCCACUAACCAUCCUCUCACCUGCCAAGCCACUGCACGUCAAGGUGUUUGUCCCCAAGCACGCGGCAGGGAUGCGGCUGGAGCUGCGAAGCUGCCUGACCAGAGAGCAGAAAGCCUGCACCGUGCGGGUCGUGCUGGGCUCCAUCACCCUGCCCCAGUCCUUCCAGAGGAUUGUCACCUGCCUGGGGAACGUCACCUGCAGCCUGGCCCUGGAUUCACCCCCCUGGGAGAAGUGGCUGCAGAUCAUGGUGGAGAGUCUGGGCACUGCCAACGGCAGCGUGUCGGUGGUGAUGCUGGCUUCCUUCACAGCUUGCAGACCGGGAAGUACCAGUUCAUUCCUUAACUUCAUCAGCCUAAACCAGAGCCAAACUGCUCCCAGACCAGGUGGUGCAGGAGCAGCAGGGAGCUCUGCUCUGCCUGCUGCCGAGGCUUCGCACAACGAGUCCCAGCAGAGGAGCUUCUGCCUGCAGACCCAGCCCGUGGUCCGGGAGGACCUGGACGUGGUGUCUGUGCGCUACAGGCUCCUGAACGGCCCCAGCGUGCUGGUCAGCUCCCUCUCCCCCACCCUCCUCCUCCUCAACCUCAACACGGGCAUGGACAGCGGCGGCUCCCUCGUCGUCAAUCUCCUGCUCAACAAGACAUCCCUGAGCCUGGCCAAUGCCACCGUGGCAGCGUGCGUGAGUGCUGCUUCGCCCGUGCUGGCCCUCAACGCCACGCAGAACUGCAGCACAGCUUUUUUCCAGGGCUACCCUCUGAGCAUGAGAACAUCCUCUGCAGAAGCAAUGCUGAUUGUCCUGUACCCACAGACUGAUGUCUGGUUCCUCUCCCUGCAGCUCCUCUGCCCAAAAGGCCAAGGUGAAUGUAAGGCUGCAGAAGCCAAAGUGACUGUCUUUGCAUACCUCACCCCCUGCUUCAAUGACUGUGGGCCCUAUGGGCAGUGCAGCCUCCUGAGAAGACAUGGCUACCUCUAUGCUGGCUGCAGCUGCAAGGCUGGCUGGGGCGGCUGGAGCUGCACAGACGACAGCAAGGCGCAGUCUGUGGGUGUGCAGAACGUGGCCACGCUGCUGCUCACCCUGAGCAACCUGAUGUUCCUGCCGGCCAUCGCCGUCGCCGCUCAUCGCUGCUACCUGGUGGAGGCCUCCGUCUACACCUACACCAUGUUCUUCUCCACGUUCUACCACGCGUGUGACCAGCCGGGCGUGGCGGUGAUGUGCAUCAUGGACUACGACACCCUGCAGUACUGUGACUUCCUGGGCUCCGUGGUGUCCAUCUGGGUGACCAUCCUCUGCAUGGCCCGAGUCAAGAAGAUCCUGAAAUACGUCCUGUUUGUCCUGGGGACCCUGUUAAUUGCCAUGUCCCUGCAGCUGGACCGCAGAGGGGUGUGGAACAUGAUGGGUCCCUGCCUCUUUGCCCUCAUCAUCAUGAUUGCAGCCUGGGUUCACCACGGAGUGAAGCGCAGGCACUGCUACCCCUCGUCGUGGAAGCGCUGGGUCUUCUACCUCCUCCCAGGGAUCACCUUGGCUUUCAUUGCCAUCUCAGUGUAUGCAUUCAUGGAGACCAAUGAGAACUACUACUACACCCACAGCAUCUGGCACGUGCUGGUGGCUUGCAGCGUUGCUUUCCUGCUUCCUCCCCGGGACAAGCACAAGAAGCCCUGGGCCUGGCCACAGAAGCUCACUUGUCGCUACCAGAUCUGCCAGAACGACCGGGAGGAGCUCUACGCUGUCACCUGA